GCAAAUUGCCUCCGCGCUUCCACUUUUAGGGAGAUCCGCAGUUCCCCCGAACGUUGUAAGGCCUCAGUGUGUUGCAUCCUUCGAUCUCAGAGCUUCCCCACCUCCUGCGGGGCCUGCGCCAGCUCGUUUCGCCAGCAACAGCCAUUUGCAAGGCUUGGCCGCUCCGCUUCCGACGGGCCGCGCGCGCCCUGUGGCGCCUCGACAGCCUUGCCACAGCCACGACCAAGCCUCCGCCCGACCGCGCGACGCCCCCGCACCGCCAGAACCGCCAAACCAGACGUAAACCGCCGCCCGCAGGUUCGAAGCGCCCGCCCAAGCAUGGACCAGGGCCAGUACUACCCCGGCCAGCCCCUACCGGUGGCCUACGGCAUCCCCUCGGGCCUGCCCUCCGCCAAGUCCGAGGAAGAUAGACUCAGAGAAGAAGUAGCGCGCCUCAAGUCGGAGAACGCCGAGUUGAGGGGUGAGGACGACGAGGAGCUCGCGCCCCUCGGCGGCGGCCCGCCCAAGAAGCGCGGCCGCCCGGCCAAGGACGACGGCCAGCGCCCGAAGAAGGGCGGCCGCCCGCCGAAGUGGGCCCUGAGCGAGGGCCAGAAGCCGCCGGCCGGCGGCGACGACGCGCCCAAGGGCAAGGGGACUCAUUCUAGACGCCCGAAGAAGGCCGAGGGCGCCAAGAAGCCGCGCGGGGCGCCCACCUCUGAAUAUCAUGGUGUGAGCGCGGCUCCCUCGAAGAAGAACCCGUGGCAAGCUAGAGCGACGAACCCCGUGUCCCUCGGCGGCGACGGCAAGUACAAGUCCAUCGGCCUCUUCCCGACGGAGAAGGAGGCCGCCAUGGCCGUCGACGACUACCUCUACAAGACGUUCCCCGAGAAGUACGCCGCCUUCCGCGCGAACUUCCCGCGCAACGCCGACGGCACCUGCGACGUCUCCGGCGUGCCGGGCCCGCCGCCGGGCGGGCCGCCCCUCUAG